CAGCGCCCGUCUCUUUGUCUGUCUGAGUCUGUCGUGGUGCCUUCCGUCGGAGUUCGAGGCCAAUCCUGUCUACCUUUUUCUCGGCCCGAGGCUCUUGAUGAAAACGGCCUUGUCGGUGUGCGUCUGUCCUCUUGUAUCGUUAUUGCUUGGCUGUCUGCCAUGAUCUGCGGGACGGCGGCCUUAUUUUAG